AUGAAGAUCCGACACAACUUGGAAUCUCGCCAACAAUCCGACGUCUACUCCCGUCAAGGAGGCCGUCUCUACGUUGUCAACCAGAACAAGCUCCCUCUUCUCCGCCUCCUCGACAUGAGCGCAGAGAAGGGCGAAGUAUUCCCGAACGCGAUGUACAGCCCAAGUUGGAAUAUGAACGGACACUCCGUGGUAUACGUGACAAAGGGAGAGGCCGAGGUACGCAUUGUGGACCAGAGCGGACAAGCAAUAAUGAACGAACGCGUGCGCGAAGGAGACAUGUUUGUCUGCCCUCAAUUCUUCGUGGUUACAAGUCAGGCUGGAAAGGAAGGAUUCGAGUGGGUGGCAUUCAAGACAACUAGCUCUCCGAUGAAGAGUCCCUUGGCUGGUUACACUUCGGUGAUGAGGGCUAUGCCUCUUCAAGUAAUUGUUAACUCCUACCAAGUGUCUACUAGCCAGGCUAAAGAUCUCAAGUAUAAUACUGGCCGACAGACCAUGUUUCUCAAACCUAAGGCUUGA